UUGGAAGUGGUUCCCUCUUAUCGUUUGAUUUUUUAUCCUAUAUAAGUGUAUAAUAACUUUAGAUAUUAUUAUAUUAACGUCAGAUCUUGAUUGUUGCACAUAAUACAUAUUCUAUUGCCAUUGUUUUUGUUUAAAGUGAACAAUAGAUCAAGGUGUAAAACAUGGUAGAUGUUGAGGAAAAAAAGAAGUACAAAGUGCUAGAAAACGUGCUUAAUUAUAUAAAUCAAAAGUACAUAUCGUUUCCUGAAGAUAUUAGGAAGAGAAAUAAUGAAAUUCUUAAGCAGCUUUUGGACACCUUGAUAUCCAAAAUGACGGAAAAGAAUUCACUUUUUAAGGAAAUGUAUUUCACCACAUUUUUUGGAGGCAGUUUCUAUGACGGUUUAAGAGUCGGCGCCCCAGACGAAUUCGAUUUAGAUUUGCUUAUGAAUCUGCCAAAGAUACUUAAUACAGAUUUAUCCAAUAGUAAAGAUCCAGGCUUCGUUCACUUGAAGAUAAAUAACCUUCUGGAGCUUUUCAAGCAACCUCACUUAGCUGAACGCUUUAAAGGUUUGGACAGAUUAGUAGACAAUAAGCAAUAUCUUGAUAAUAAGAAGGUUCGUCAGUGGAUGGAAGGUAUAGUGUCACAGACCAUAAACGACUUUCCUCUAGAGAACGGCUCCCGCGUAAUUAAAAUUUCAAAAGGAAAGUUUUUGGCGAAAGUGAGCAAAUCAGGUCCAGCGUUUACACUGAAAGUAAAUGGACGAGUAGGUAAUGAUAAUGUGGCCUUAGACAUAGACUUGGUUCCGUGUUUUAGAUUUUCGCAAGAUAAGUGGCCUAAGGGUCAGUUCAGACAAAAUCCAACUUCAACAAAGUCAACCUUCUUCAUUGUGCCCAAACCCCAAAAAAACGGAACUAUGUUAGGCGAUCACUAUUGGAGGUUGUCGUUCCAAGAGCAGGAAAGAGAACUUAUUGACAAAAAGCAGUAUUUAAAACCAUCUAUUAAGAUUUUAAAGAAAAUGAGAGAUAAAGAGAAUCAUGCCUGCAUAGCUAGUUACUACCUAAAAACUAUAGCACUGUGGGAAAAAGACCGAAAACCGCAAGAGUUCUGGACGAGCUCUUUGAGUUAUGUAUUCAUGACGCUUCUAAAAUCUUACUACGAAAGCAUUAAAAAUGGAAAGAUAGAAUAUUACUGGAAUAAAAGUAAUAACCUUAUCAGUGGUUCUUCAUCUGUCACAUUAUCUAAUGUUGAAAAUAGAUUAAAAGCAAUUAUAAGUGACAUUGAUAGAAAUUUAGUAGCCGAUCCUACCGUUGUUGCAAAAUAUAUUUUGUCACCACAGGAACUGGUCGCUUUCAAGAUGUCUUAUUUGAAAGUUUAGGUUAGUUU